UAUCAAGCAAAUGGCGAAAGAAAGGCAGAAGUGGACCCUGGAGGAAGAAGAAGCGUUGUAUUAUGGAGUUAGAAAACAUGGGCAAGGGAAAUGGAAAGUUAUUCUUACAGAUCCCCAAUUUGCUUCUGCUUUGGCAAAUCGAUCAAACAUAGAUCUGAAGGAUAAAUGGCGCAACGUUAGUGUUAACAGAGACAAAGUUAGAACUCCAAUGUUAGAAGGAGUUACUACUACUACUACUAAUAAUCCACCCUUGAAUCCUCCCGAAGUUAGAACUCCUUUGUUAGAAGGAGUUACUACUACUACUACUACUACUAAUCAACCCUUGAAUCCUCUCAAAGUUAGAACUCCUUUGUUAGAAGGAGUUACAACUACUACUAAUAAUAAUCCACCCUUGAAUCCUCUCAAAGUUAGAACUCCUUUGUUAGAAGGAGUUACUAAUAAUAAUAAUAAUAACCCACCUUUGAAUCCUCUCAAAGUUAGAACUCCUUUGUUAGAAGGAGUUACUACUACUACUACUAAUCAACCCUUGAAUCCUCUCAAAAUUAGAACUCCUUUGUUAGAAGGAGUUACUACUACUACUACUACUAAUCAACCCUUGAAUCCUCCGAAAGUUAGAACUCCUUUGUUAGAAGGAGUUACUACUACUACUACUACUAAUCAACCCUUGAAUCCUCUGAAAGUUAGAACUCCUUUGUUAGAAGGAGUUACAACUACUAUUACUACUAAUCCACCCAUGAAUUAUCCCAAACCUUUAUCUGUUGUUCAUCUAGUUGACUAUGGUGGCAUGUCUGUGCCUUCCAGCAGCACCAUGCAUGAAACAACACCCCAAAUUUAUGAAAAGUUGAUUCUCGAGGCUCUGUCAUCCAUUGGAGAUCCGAAUGGGUCUGACACCAAUGCAAUUCUUAGCUUCAUUGAGAAAAAUUUUCCAGUGCCUGAAAAUUUCGAAAGAUCAGUGACUUCAAUGCUCAGAAGGCUUGUAUUGACAGGAAAACUUGAGAUGGUGGAUAACAACUUCAAGUAUAAGGGUGCAUCUUAUGGUGCUAAAACAUUCAAAAGAGAUGAUAGUAAGAACGAUAAAGUUGAUGAUGAGAAACAAGAGGCACCAGAUGCUCCUGAUUCACCUAUUGCUACUGAGACAUUAGAAGAUGCUGCAUUUUAUGCUGCACGUCUUGUUUCUCGUGCUGAAAACGUGGAGCAACAGGCAAUUGAAGCGGUUCAAAAGUCAGAUAGGAUUGAAAAGAUGGUUGAAGAAAGCAUGGCAAUGCUACAGCUGGCUGAAGAUCUUCAUGAAAUGUGCUUGAAAGAUGGAUUUGUUCUGCUGGCUCUUUGAAUGUCGACAAUUCAAUGCUAGAGAAGGUUUUAGUUGUUAGGUUCAGAGGGUGUGUUUGUGUAUGGGAUAUUUGGUUUUUAUGUUUGUGGUUAUGCUGUGUAGUGUUGUUUUAUUUUUCAUAGGUGGAUGUGUUAUGCUUAUUAGCUCUGUUAUGCAUGA